GCUAUCAAACGAUCCAAGAACGUCCAACCAAACCAUUCAACAUGCGUCUCCUGCUCAUCCUCUCCGUUGUCCUGGCCGUGAUCCUCGGCUGCCACGCCUACGGCGCCACCUGGGGACGUCGCAACAACAACGACUACCUGCUGUCCCGCACCAACGAGGCCCGCAAUCCGAUCAAGAACAACUACUGGAACGUGAACGUGAACUAUCCCGCCGGAUUCUACAACAUCUCCGCCGUGAUCGUCUACGACAACUUCAAGAACAACUCCGGCGCAUCUCCCAGCCUCUAUUCCGGCGGUCCGGGCUACCGCUUCGCCACCGUGAAUCUCCGCGGGCAGGUGAAUCGCGGAAUCAACUCCACCGUCGAGAUCUGGGGUCGUUAAGUGAUCAAACGAAUCUGUUAUAACCGACUGAAAGUCGCUGGGAUAUCAACUGAAACAUGUUUUUUACGCAACUCAAAGCUAAAUUCUCAAUCUUAAAAAAUAAAAGAAUAUAGAAGAAUA